CACUGGUGUUGUUACCAUACCAAUCUGUAGUCUAAAAAUUGGGCGGUACUACAAUAAGGACCAAGCAUCUAGCAACGGGGGCUGUGACCUUUGAGACAGUUCUUUAGCCAAUGGUACUACAACUACAAACAGCAUCUAUCAAUUCGUGAAGACGGAGGUGGGGUUUCAGCAGUGUCCUGUUCCGUGUGAAAACUUCGACCGGCUCGGGUGCAAAGUUUUUUUAACCGUCUGCAAAGUAGCUUUUCUGUUGGUUUAAAUAGUCUGUAACGAUGAAAUGUUUUGGGUAAAGGAUUGGUUUGUUAUGUUCUUAAAAUUGGCUGUCUCAUCUUAAUAGAAAAUAGCCUGUUAAUGUAUUCCAAAACGUUUGGAAGUGUCAGAGCUGGUAGGACAAUUGCCAUUUGGAUGUAUGAAUUCUGCCCACACUGGACAGCUUCAAUGUUAGUGGGUUUCUGCUUCAAAUGCCUACACUGUGUAUAGUAUCACAGCUGAUGAGCCUGAUCGUGUGAUGUAAGUCGCACGAUUUCACUUGUCAGUAAACAUUAUUACUGGAUCUAACAAGGCAUUAAGCGUGACUGCUGGUUCGAGACCGACGUUGGGAACAUUAACAAUGGAUAGCAAAAUGGCCUGUGAACCAAACCGCCUGCGGCUGCUCUGCAUGCUGUCAUUGACCACUUUCUUUUUUGUAGUUGAAGUGGUUGUUAGCCGCAUCACUUCAUCCCUGGCGAUGCUGUCUGAUUCCUUUCAUAUGUUGUCGGAUGUCAUCGCCCUGAUAGUGGCUUUAGUGGCCGUGCGUUUCGCUGAGAAGACACAGGCAACCAACAAGAACACGUUUGGAUGGAUUCGAGCGGAGGUAAUGGGGGCCCUAGUGAACGCUGUUUUCCUUACUGCCUUAUGCUUCACAAUUGUAUUAGAGGCUAUCGAGCGCUUCACCGAACCCCAUGAAAUUGAAAAUCCUGUGAUGGUGAUCAUUGUGGGCGCAGUGGGACUGGUGGUUAACCUUUUUGGGCUCUGCAUGUUUCAUGGUAGCGCAGGUGGUGGUGGACACGGACACUCGCAUGGUGGUGGAGGAGGUGGACAUGGGCACUCUCACACCACCAAAGGUAAAAAAAACAAGCAUAAAGCGGACCAUCCGAUAGGGAAUUCAUGCAUCGCUGACAAAGAAGAAACCAACAAUUUGGUUAAUAGUUAUAUUAGCCCUAACGGUGUGAACCUGGAGAAGCCAGAAGUCUGUGAUUUAAAAGAUAACUUUACUGAACUGCACUUAAAUGGCACCAUUGUUAAUGAGGAACCAUUUUCAGAUGCUGCCUUGUCAGAAGACUCUACUACCCAGCUGAACAUGCGUGGAGUAUUUCUACAUGUGCUUGGAGAUGCCCUGGGAUCUGUAAUUGUAGUUGUAAAUGCUACAGUUUUUUAUUUUGUAUGGAGGCCAUGUUCUGGAGGCUCGUGUAUUAAUCCAUGCCUGGAUGGUACCUGCCCUAGUCAUAAAUCGGUCGAUCACAAUCUUACAGAUAUGUCAGUUAACAGUACUGAGGAAAUGCAACCCAAAGAAGCUGGUCCAUGCUGGGUGUUAUACUUAGACCCAACCCUUUGUAUUAUUAUGGUCUGCAUACUUUUGUAUACUACCUAUCCUUUACUCAAAGAGUCUGCCCUCAUCCUUCUGCAGACUGUUCCCAAACAGAUUGACAUACGUUCACUCAACCAAAAGCUACGCUGCCUUGAUGGAGUAGAAGCUGUCCAUGAAUUACAUGUUUGGCAGCUAGCUGGAAGCAGGAUUAUUGCGACAGCCCACAUAAAAUGCCGUGAUCCUGCUGUAUAUAUGGAUGUGGCUAAACGCAUAAAGGACUUCUUUCAUAAUGAGGGGAUCCAUGCCACCACCAUUCAACCAGAGUUUGCUCAGGUGGGCUCCGAGUCCACUGUAUCGUUAUGUGAGCUUUCUUGUAGAACUCAAUGUGCUCAGAAACUGUGCUGUGGUAAUGCAGACAAAGUCAGUUCUGAAAAGAAAUUGGAGAAGAUGAGUUCUGCUGCUCCUUCUUUAGACAUUAUUGAUGAAUCUCCAGAGAACAAAGCCAUGGGGAUUGAAAAAGUACAAGACAAAGCUGUAGUUCGAAUUGAUUUGGACUGUGAAACAGAUAAACAGUUUGAAUCCAGUCUGUAAAUGGAACAGUGUUGUCCUCAAGGGUAUAUGCAUCUCCACCCAGCACAGAGAUUACAUUUAAAAUUGCUUAGCAUUUGUAUCACAGAUCUGGUAUAAAGCUACAGUACUGAUGUGAAGUGUGGGAAAAUCCUAUGUGCACUUUUGUUUAGUGUCAGGAUCUCAACUCUGCUGCUAUGGGGUGGACUGGGCAAGGUCCUCCUGUUCACUUACUGUUGGAGUGUGUUUGAAGUGUUGAAGGCCCUUUUCACUGAACUUUAGUCCUUACUGAUUUAUGUCUCUUGACUGAAUGAAAAAGAAAAAAAAAACAAUGUUGUUGCUGUCUUGGAAAAAAAACAGCUGGCACUGCAGUCGUGAUUGCCCAGCUUUAUAGAAAGGUCCUACUACUUGAUAAUUCCCACAAAAUGUUUUGAUUGGCGAUAAUAUUGGUAACCUAAACUUCAGUGAGUUGAAACAACUGGUGUAGCUUGCUCCCCCCCGACACACAUUAAAAUGUAUCGAGAAAUGUAAUUAUCUGUUGUACAGUGUUGCAACUUAAAAUUGUAGAAUUUUAAAUUAUUUUAAAUUAUUUUAGCAGCUAGCCACCAUCUUUUAAAUGUUUAUUUAAAAGAAAAAAAAACUGAAGUAUAAAUGAUCAUUUUAUAGGUCAUGCUUUAUUGCUAAUUGUUUUUUUGGGGGAAUUGUCUGUUGGGUAGGAACUCAGUGGGAUUAUUUUUUAUUUUUAACUAGAUCUGAUUUUGUCGGUCACCCAGACCAAAAUUUAUGUUCAGUUUUGAUGUUUGCAUUGGCUAGUUGAAAUGUGAUUGCUUGUGAAUUUCUCAGCAGAUUAGCCUACGGUUUUAAGAGACAGUUUUACCUUGCUUCAUUCCCUUUCCGUGAAAUGAUAGACUGUCUGGUGUACCAUUUUAUUCCACUCAUGGAUGCUGUGGCUGCAGGAAAUUUAUAUCUUGUGCUUUCAGCGCACUUGGAUGGAUGGUUUAUCAACUUUCUUCCAGACUCCACCUUUCCUCUUCCCUAACCCAUUGAUCUAUUCCUAGCCAUUACAUCAGGCAAAGGGGACAAAUCCUGGUGAGUACAUGGAUCUUCAAGUAUGUGCUUUUAUUAUUUUUGUUCAGUUGUUUCUCUUGUAUGUGUAUGGCAGUUCUGUGAGUUUCCCAAUGGUUACUCUUAACCUCCGAGUAUAAACCAGAGAAAUGCCCCUGCAAGGAAACAAAUUGUUACAUCAGGCAGCCAUUUACUGUGUCUGCUGUGCCUAUGCCUGAACGCAGGAUUAUUGCCUUGAUCAUUUUGAAAAGCUUUUAUUGCCACUAUUUAUAAUUAAUGAAGAAAGCAUUCUAGACUUGUCUGGCAAAAAAGUCUGGCGCCGGAAGGAGGAACUUGACAAAUUCAGGAAGCACCAGAGGUACAUUCAGCAGAUCAAAGGCAACACUACAAAGGCAAGUUGCUCUUGGAUGUCCAACCCCUUGUAUUUUCUCUUAUCCUUUUUUUUUCUGGCUUCUGCAGCAGAGACUGUGGUAGAACAGAUGUUUCAACAAUCCCAGAGUGUGGUAUGUGGUACCCUAUAGCUCUUCAUCUGAAAUUUUAGUUUAGACAUUGUUGCAAGCAUUAGGUUCACAUGCACAGAGACGUAUACUAGGAUUGCUGUACUUUCAUCUUUCACAGCAGUCAACAGACCCUUGCUUUAACCCCAAUUCCUUCAGCUCAAUGACAGUUGUGGCCCCCAUACUUGGGGGAUAAUGCCUUAUACCUGCUAUAUCAGUGCAGAUGUUGUCACAGUUGUUGUCAUGGCCUCCGACUUUGUCAUGUUGGGCUCUGAUGUAGGAGUUUUUUCCCAGCCCCACAUAUGAUAACAUCUGUGUUUUUUGAUUACUGGGUUAGCAUACUUGACACUUAGCCAGAUGUCAGAUUAUCCAAUGUUUUGUGUCCCAUCACAUGGUGUAUGCCUCAACAGUGUUUCUGGUUAGGUUCAGAUCUUGCCUAUAUAGUUGUGGGAUCUCAGAAGUUAGCUCUCUUUGUCUUAAUUAGCACAGGUGGCAGUAGGUCUUUUGAAAGUGGUAGCUCUCUUGAUGGUCAUUCAGCAGUGUGGGGACAGUCCUGUGAGUGUGUUCUAGGCUAUGUUUUUGGAAGAGAUGGUAGUAAUUAUAUUUAGCCAGCCCAGGGUCUUGAGUCUGUGCAGUCCCUGUUUGGACUAGCCUAUCAAAUUAGGCUAACUUGUGCACUUCUUUGCAGUACCCUUCCUCUCUGCUUUAAGUCUCUCUCCCAGUUGCCACCCUGACUUUGUGUCAGUAAUAAAGUGAUCAUUGGCCACCUUCUUGUUUUAAGGACUAACCAGAAAGCUGCAGAAACUGGUCAUGUAUUUGUCGUCUCACUCCUUGGGAGUUGGACGUAGUGUACCACUAACCAGGACACUGAGGAAGUUGUUGGCUCCAUAUGAUUUGAAGAAAAAUCUUUUUUUUUUUUGGGGGGGGGGGGGCAAGCAUCUUUGUCAUUAUUUUAUAACAGUAUUACAGUAUUUAGAAUCAUAGUGUAACAUCAUCUGUUUCACAUUGCAAACAUUUCCAUCAAUUAACAGCAUUCGGCUCAUUCCAACUUUGCUACUUCUUUUCACUGUAGCUGUAUUAAUCUGUUUCUCCCAGGGAAUAUUUCCAUCCUUGUCUUAGCAGAGGCAAAAGCUCAAUAUAUCAUUUAAUAAAACGUUUGGCCCUGCAGCUAAAUAUAUCAGUCGUUCUCGCCAUAUGCCUUGCUGCUCUUUGUCAUUUUGCACUUGAACAAUUUGUGUCGUUGUUGUUAUCCUCUGUCUCUCUCUUCAUGAUGUGGUGUUUCUGAAUGUUCUUCCAAAACCCUUUGUUAGCAAAACGGGCACUCUUUCCUGUCACAUUACCCAUGGCAAUGUUGUGCUGAAUGUGUCAGUACCUCCAUCAGCUACUUCGCCCUUCAAAAUAUCACUUUACUUUGCCUUUUUAUCUUUUAACCAGUUUUAUCACAUAUGGCCGGUGUCUUAUCAGAUAACUUUUUGUUAGUUAUUUAAAGCUGUAUCCUGAGAGUAUUAUAUUUAAAUUACAGCAUCCUUUUCGUAGUUCCCAUAACGUCCUGUACAUUCAAAUUUCAUCUCCUUUACCUUAUUACCACUCUGUGUCCAUGCCUUUGCUUUGACUAAAUUGUCUCCUCUUCAUUAUUUCAUAAGAAUAACAUGGGAUAAAAGCACCUAACCCAAGAACAAAGCAGCUAACGCCAACGUAAGACAAAAAAAAAAAAACUUUCAAUAGCAACAAAGCAUUCCGAUAUAAAAUAUCCUUCCUCAGUGCUUAGUCACCUAACGUUGGAUCUUAAUCUUGCAUAUUUCUUAACUGUAUUAAGUGUUGUGUAUUUUUCAAGUCGAUAAAGAAGAGUUAGCAAGACUGGUAGACUCAUUUCACUAUACUUUUCAGUUGGUUUCUGCAUACAGUUGUGUGCUGUCAGGGCAAAGCAGCUCCAGUCAUAUGCCCCUAAUAAACAAAGUAAUGGAAUGUCCUCACGCUGACUUCAGAAUAACACUCCUUUUUACAUACUUUUUUUACAUACUGUACAUUUUCCAUAAUGUGUAAUAACUGGCACCAUCAAACUUUCCUUGGUCUGUAGAUGACAGAAUUCAGAGAGUCUUGCAUCCAUUCCUCUUUUACUUUUAAUCCAGUUCUCUUUUACUUUUAUAAUCGUAUACUUUGUGUUCCUUUAUUUUUGGACAUACAUACGAGUUACAUUGUGUUGUAUAGCAAAACUAAAAGGCUUUAUAAUCUUUGGCCAAGUCUAACAUAACAGAAAACCGUGGAGGAAAAGGAAACCUUAUUGUAAUACUUAUUUUUCAGUCAAAUGAGUUGCACAGUUUGGUAGGGAAACUGUUUAUGUACUCUUCCCUUUCAUUGUUCAGUGGUUUAGGAAACACAUUGCCAUGUUAUAGUUGUAAAUCAAAUUAUUUUUUUUUAUUUUGAAGUGACACCCCAACCCCAUGUGUAAAAAUGGGAAAAAGGGGUUGUGGAUGGAUGGAUUUUGUCUGUUGAUCAAUACAUGCUUUUGCCUUCAUUUUACACGUGGAACAUUUUCCUUUUAGUCUGUUAUAUCUGUGUCAUUUAAAUCUGUUCCCUGUACUGAAUUAAACAUUUAAUUUACAAAACUCCCAUUUUCUUGCAUUUAAUUUGGCAAAAACCGAGAAAGAUGAGGAGGUGUCCCAUUAUUAUUUUCCUUUUCCAGUUUACAGCUAAACAGAAGUUCAAUUUGUUGCCGUAUUCUAGUUAUAGCACUUGUGUAUUUUUGCUGUCCUUUCAUCUAUGCAUACCUUGGCUUCACCUUACUUGUGUAAGUGUUACUCUAGUCUAGGAGUUCCUUCACUUGACUUGUUCUUAUUUUCCUCUAGUCUAAGAUUUCCUUGUUGUUCGACUCCAUCAUGCAUUAAUUACAGUAAAUAUACUGUUUGUUAAUGAGAAAAUGGAUAUUACAUACAGGUAUUUGAUACAUGUGCAAAUAUAAUGCUGGUUAUCCUUAACAUUUCCUAGGUUGACAGCUGUCUUACUAGGCAUACAUUUUGAAAAUGUUUUUGUUGCAAAUACUUGUCCUGUUCAAAAGAGAAAGAUGUAUUUCUUGAAACACAAACAUUAAAACAAACUUACUUUAGAUAAUAAAUAUUGUAGUAAAAUUGA